AUGGAUGUGGUGGGGGAAAACGAGGCCCUGCAGCAGUUCUUUGAAGCUCACGGGACCAGUGACAGUCUGGGGAACCCGACGCUGGAUACAAGUCUGCUGGAGGAAUUCUUGGGCAAUGAUUUCGAUCUGGGGGCCUUGCAAGGGCAGCUUCCGGAUACUCCACCUUAUUCUGCAUCAGACUCCUGUUCUCCUCCGCAGAUCAAAGGUGCAUGCUGCCCAGCGGUGAGACCUGCAGCCGGGAGGACUCCAGCUACUUUUCUCCACUCCGCGGCUGCACCUGACUCGCUGCCUGCGCAGCUGCCGCAGAGCUCGCGUGAAAUGAGCAACUCUGCCCGCACCCACAGCGGCGUCCACAACUGCUAUCCAGGCUCCGGUCAUCUUACGACCCCCCCGGACCAUUGCGUGUCCUGCCGUCCGGGGAUAAGCCGUUCUUACCAUCAGCAGCCUCUGUGCCACAGCCCUGGAGCCUCGUUGCCACCAACCAAGAAGAGGAAGAGCACACAGGCACUGGAGGACUCCGGGGACCAUCAAGUGUGGGCCCACCGCUCCAGACCAAUGACAAAUAGGAGUCACAGCAGUGAAGUGCAAGACUACGACGGUGAGGGACAGAACAUGAUGCCUGUGGACCAGUGUUCUCCUACUCUGAAGUGGCAGCCGUAUCAAAGUGUUCCUUGGCACAGUUUGUUAAAUGGUCAUUACGAGAAACUACCCGAUGUCGGUUAUCGAGUUAUCACAGACAAAGGAUUUAAUUUUUCACCAGCAGAUGAAGCUUUUGUUUGCCAAAAGAAAAACCAUUUUCAGAUAACCAUCCAUAUCCAAGUUUGGGGAAGUCCAAAAUUUGUCCAAACCCAAAUGGGCCUAAAGCCAAUAGAAAUGUUUUACUUGAAAGCUUUUGGGGUUAAGGUAGAAGCUACCAGUCAAAUAAUUGCUAUUGAACAAUCCCAAGCAGAUAGAAGCAAAAAGAUUUUCAAUCCUGUUAAAAUCGACCUGCUGGCCGACCAGGUCACCAAAAUUACGUUGGGCCGGUUACACUUCAGCGAAACUACAGCAAAUAACAUGAGGAAGAAGGGAAAACCAAAUCCUGACCAGAGGUACUUCAUGUUGGUGGUUGGACUGUAUGCUGCUAACCAAGACCAGUUCUAUCUAUUGUCUGCCCACAUCUCUGAACGGAUCAUUGUAAGGGCCUCUAACCCUGGGCAGUUUGAAAAUGACAGUGAUGCAUUAUGGCAGCGAGGACAAGUUCCAGAAUCUGUUGUUUGUCAUGGUCGAGUGGGAAUCAAUACAGAUGCGCCGGAUGAGGCCCUGGUCGUCUGUGGCAACAUGAAAGUGAUGGGGACAGUUAUGCAUCCCUCUGACAGCAGGGCAAAGCACAAUAUCCAGGAGGUUGACACAAAUGAGCAGCUGAGACGAAUAGCCCAAAUGAGGAUUGUUGAAUACGACUACAAACCAGAGUUCGCAUCUUCAAUGGGAAUAAACACUGCCCAUCAAACAGGAAUGAUCGCCCAGGAGUUACGAGAGAUCCUGCCCAGAGCUGUAAAAGAGGUCGGUAAUGUCACCUGUGAAAAUGGGGAGACACUGGAGAACUUCCUCAUGGUCGAUAAGGACCAGAUCUUUAUGGAAAAUGUGGGCGCAGUGAAGCAGCUCUGCAAACUAACAAACAACCUUGAAGAAAGAAUAGAAGAGUUAGAAAUAUGGAACAGAAAGCUGGCCAGGCUAAAGCGGCUCAGUAGUUUGAAGUCUUCAGCCAGUGAAGCAAGCUCCAUCAGCAAAUUUAGCAGAGCUGUUAGUGCAUCUUCUCCAAGAAAGGCCAUUCCCAAAAAAACCAACAAGAUUUAUUUUUCAGGAAAAAAACAAUUGUGUCCUAACUGGAUUUUCCAGACCUUGGUUAUAACUCUCAUUGCUGUGAUGGCCUUUUGUGCCUUGACGAUAGUCUCCCUUUACAUCCUUAGCUUAAAAGAUCAAGACCGACAUGCCCCAAAUCUCUCUCUGAGCAACAUCACAAGCUCUCAGGAGCCAGCCCUGCCACCCACAGCCUCCCCCUCAGCACCUAAUACAUCUCUGGCAACCACACAGUCCUCCUUCCGAGUACCAGAAAUCACUUUCUGUGAGAUUCUGCCUUGUCAGGAGACUUACUGCUGCCCCAUCUGGGGAAAGAGAAGAGUCCUCUCAAGUCUUGUGCAAAGGCGUUCCAAGGAGGAAUUCCAUCAGAGGCCGUGGGCAGAAGACAGAAGCAUGUCAUUCCUGGCAAGAGAUGCGCUAACCAGCCCUGACUGGGGGACUGACUGGAUUGACACAACCAUUAGUUCUAUUCAGAUUAUGGAAAUCCAGCAAGUAAUAGAUCAUCGGUAUUGCAAUGGAGACCACCAGUGCGGCUCUGGAAACUACAAUUACAAUAUUCCUGUUAAUAAGCACACACCUGCCAAUGUCAAAUUCUCUCUGGAAAUCAACACAACAGAACCAUUGAUAGUCUUCCAAUGCAAUUUCACCCUUGGAAAUAUAUGUUUCCAUAGUAAAAGGGAAGCCAAAGGGAUACAAAGCCACCAAGAGGUCUCCCAGGAGAUGACACAGGGCUAUCAGCACAUUUGGAGCCUCCCUGUAGCCCCAUUCUUUGACAGCACAUACCACUUCCGUGUAGCUGCACCGGAUUUAGCUGACUGUUCAACGGAUCCUUAUUUUGCUGGGAUAUUCUUUACAGAUUACUUCUUUUACUUCUAUCGGCACUGUGUCUGAUGUAUUCGAAUUUGGUUGAGGACUUCGCCAAGGAAAAAUACUCAAAAAUACGGCGAACAGAAACAUAACCUCUUGCAAUCUCUUUCUUCUCUUUGUAAAACAUUCAAUUUAUUGCCAUAGGGCUUUUCAAGCUUUGGCUUCUGACAGUUUUGAGACGUUAAUGAGGAGAAUAAAGUGUUUGCCGCAACUUGAGAUAGUGUGGUUUUUUAUUUUCCCGUGAUUAUGAAGAAAACUCUUCCUGGAGUAAACAGCACUGUUGGGCUUGAAAAUACUGCUUCUGGUAUUAAGGAAUCUGUGAGGCCAAAGACGCAGGUCAGAGUCUACUUUGUGUUAUGUAUUUCUUACUGUAGCUUUCGAGAAAAACAAAAAGGCCCGUUUCUGCCAACGUGGGCCCACUAAACACAGACUCU